AUGGCGGCAUCGAUCCCCUCAUUCUUGUGGCCACAGCGCCUGGCUGCGACGGCACGGCCAUCGAAUCACCGCGCCUCGACUAUAAGGGCUGCCGCAGAUUUCCAGCUUGCCGCAGUGGAAUCGCCAGCGCCUAAUCUCGUCCCGGCGAUCACUCUCUCGGACAAGGCGCUCUCCCAUCUCCAGAAGCUGCGAGCCGACCAGAAGAAGGAUCUGUGCCUCAGAGUCGGGGUCCGGCAGGGAGGAUGCUCGGGCAUGUCCUAUAUCAUGGAUUUUGAGGACCGAGGCAACGUGAGAAGCGAUGAUUCCGUGAUGGAGCAAGAAGGAUUCACGAUGGGUAAGCCAGGAGAAUUCGAAUUCUUUCGUUUUGUUCUUGCUAACUUCUUCUCUGCUUGCUUGCCUCACAGUGUGUGA